AUGAACAAUGACCGCACCUGGAGCCUACUCCCAUGCUCCCUGGAUGUAAACCCCGUCCUUCUCCGUGGGAUCCGUGGCAUCAUCAUGCACACCACGCAACCCAAGCCUAGUAGUGGGAGCUGUGAGCGAAAGGCGGCCGGGAGACCCACCCCAUGGAUCCCUCACGUCCUCCUCUCCCGAGUCACCCCUCAGCCCCAGCCCCGCACCGUCCAGCCAGUGAGAACGCCGAUGGCCUGCUCCGUACUGUCUCCGCCCCAGCGCCCGGCGCCCAAUGCCCCUCCACAAGCAUAUCGCAUGGCGCCCAGCCAAAGCCAAAAAAGUCAGCCAACCGAGCUGCGAGCCGACAACGCACCGUCAGUGCUCGACCGGCUCACUUGGCUGAGCUUUUCGCGGGGAUACUCCGAAUUCGCUCGGCCUCUUACGGCUAUUGCGCCUAUCUUUAUCCCUCCACCGCACAUUUUAGGCGCAGCCCUCCACGCACCGUCCAAAUGUCAACAAGCCAGGCGCGCACAGGCUCCACACACUGGCGAGCUUAACGUGAUGCAUAAUCCACAGAUUGACAGCGCUGGCCCGCAGAAGCGAGCUCUACGCUACCUCAGUUGUCAGUGCUGGCGGAUCAUCGCACCCCCGUCACCGGACCUUGGCAUGGAGCGGGGCCCAAGAACGCCCAGCUUCCAAGCUCCAGGCGACGUCCUCGGUACUUGUCACAACGGCCGUGCUUUCUCAUGA